CUUAUUCUCUAUUCCCGCUUUGUUUCUCUUUUCACGGCGGCGGUGUUCAAAUGGAGCUUUGUAAUCUGGGUGAAUUCUUUCAUCGCGUUUUUGCCUUUUUGAUGUAACCAAACAAAUCCCGCAUAAUUAAUUAAAUUUAUUGCAUGGAAUUGAAGAAAUGUCAGAAACAUUAGAGCUACAAACCGAUGAGCGGGAAGCCUUGCAGUCUAUCUAUGAAGGUGAUGAGGCGUUUAAAGAAAUCGAUCCGACAACAUUUCAGUACAAGUAUGGUGAGGAAGACAACUUCAAAUCGUUUCUGGUGGAAAUUAAAUGGGGCGAAAACUAUCCAAAUGAACUCCCAGCCAUAAAUAUGGAUACAUUUUACAAUAGAAAUUUAAUUCCUGCUGUCAAACAAAAAAUCCAAGGUGUCCUCAAGGAAGAGGGCGAACAGUGGCUAGGCUGUGGUAUGACAUAUACUUUAUUCGAGUGCCUCAAAGAACGUUUAGAUGAAUUAACAAGUGAACAACCCGAACAUGUGGCCACCCAAUCAAUCGACCUGGAAAAGGUUGGUGUUAGUGCAAUUCAAAUAUCGGACAAUACAGACACUCAAAAGAAGGAAGUAAAAAAGGAGCAACUAACCAAAGCACAGAAACGCCGACAAUGGGAAAGAACUGACAACAAAGGUGAACGUCCUCGCGGUUGGAAUUGGGUUGAUAUUGUUAAGCAUUUAUCACAAACUGGUUAUAAAGAAGAACAAAAGGCAAACGCCGCGAAUGCUGCCAAUAAUAGUCUUCCAGUGAGUGGUUGAUUGUAAAUGUAUCAUAUAGAUGAUUUGAGUUUUAGUAAAUACAGAACCGCUGCCUCUGGAUAUAAUAUAAGUUUUAUACAAAAAAUAUCGUUUUUGUAAAAUUCUCAGAAAAUAAAAUCAUAAAAACAAAUAAUUGGAUAAA